ACAGCAUUGUUAGAAACACUAUUUUAGACAAUAAUAUAAAAUACAACAAAGUACAUACAAGUUUGAAUGGUUAUGAAUCAAGAAAGAAUAUCUUCUAUUGCAUCAAUUCUAAUAUACUAUGGUUACUUAAGUAAAGCUAAUAAGCCAAGUCAACUAUUGAGCUACGUAAAUCCCAUUAAUAGUACUGAAGUUCAAAAUAUUGCUACGGCAACUCGGAUUGCAUAUGAAGAAGUUUUUGAUUUUUUCAAUACAACGCGUCCAUGCAUUACAGAUAAAGCCACUACGUUGAAUAAUACCUUUGAAUCAAAUGAAAUCACCAAAACAAUUUUCUCCUCAUGCUUUUAUGUUGCUGAUCAACCAAGUUUUAAUUGUGAUAUAAUAGGAUGGAAUUCUCGUGUCAUUAUAUUUAUAUAUUCAUUAGCUUAUAUCUUUGUGACUAUUAUGAUGUUUUUUACAAAAAGAAAGUUUAUUGCAACAAAACUAUGUUGGGGUCGUCCUGGUUGUCUAAUACCUGUUAACAUGCUUGACUCUUAUGAAAAUCGCUAUGGUUAUGCUUUGUCAUUUGGAUUAACUGUAUCAUCAUGUUUCUCAGUUAUUUUUUCUGACUAUUCUGAUAUUGUUGGACUGGAAAUGGCACAGAAACUAACUUUAUUACCAAGUUAUCUUUCAGUAUUUGUAAAGAUGACGUUUUCGGCUAUAAUAUCUGUAUCAGGAGCACCAUUUCUGAUUUGUCAGAGCUUAGAUAACCAACUUGUUGGUUGUUUAAUUGGACUGUGUAUGUCUUUGUCUUGGUUUGUGUAUGAGUUAUCCUUAAAGAUUCCUAUAUUAUCAGCAUGCAGUUUGGGUAUGUUGGAAUUAAGUGGGUUUAGAAUACUGUACUUGUUAGUGGAUUUGCCAAAACAUGUUUGUCUUUUGCUGUUAGUUAUAAAGUUUACAUGGACUGUUAUAAUUAAAAUCAAGUUCCGAUUAAAGCAAAGAAAAAGUGGUCAGGGUUUUAUUUGGAUGCAAACAGACAAAACAAAAACUAAUAAUGAAUAUAUCUACAAGCACGUGGCUUCACUUUUGAGUAGUAAACAAAAAAAAAUACAAUGUGAUGACAAUAACCUAUCAAAGUUUAAAUUUAAUUCACUAAUUCGUGAUAACAAUCCAGGUUUCAAGUUUUCUCUAAGAAUUAUUUUAUCAGCGUUCAUAUCAUGUUUGGCUGUUUAUAUAAUGUUGAUUGGAAUUUUCAUGUCAUAUGAGUUUCUAUUCGGUUUUCGUAAAAGUGAAGGAUUUUUCAAUAUCGGUGGCUUAGAGACUCUACAUUUGCAACUUGGCAUAUCAUUAGAAUACUUAAAGCGCUUAGUUAUUUGCAUAAAAGCUUCAAUAUGGAUUGCUACUUUGCUUUCUGUUGGUAUAUUUUUCUUUGUUAUGGUGAACUCCUUAUUUUGGUACAGAUUUCAUAUUUUAAGCUUGAGAAAAGGUGACUGGUCAUUUUUGCCUGCUACUAUAAAUAAGCAUGACUUGAUCUCGCCUAUUGAUGUUAUGGUUGCAAGCAUGAAUUUUGCAGGGUAUCAGGUUGCUUAUUCAAUAUGGGGUUUCAUUAUUAUAUUUAUACUGUUUUUUGUUAUUCUAAUGAUCAUUACCACACAAAUAUUCCUUCCGAUUGUAUAUAAGGAAAAUUCAUUUCUUCUAAAGCAAAUUAUCUCACUUUGGCCUACAAUUUUAAUUGGAUGUGUUAUUAUACUUCUUCAAAGAUUACUUGCUAGGUUCAUUUUAUUGAUUGAAAAAGAUGUGUUGGCUGUUGACAAUAGGAGGAUCUUUCAUGGGGCUGCAUUCUUUUUGUUUUAUUUUAACAUCUUUAUUGGGAUAUUUUCAUCAUUCCUUCGUAUUAUAUACGGUCUUAUUUUGGGAGUUUUGUUUUAUCAAAGAAUACAGAAAAGCUCACUACCGAGAUCGUUUGAAAACUGGGAUAAUGGUUACAUGUCAUACAUUGGUUACAUACUUCUUGAGCACUAUCAUACCAACCCGGUGUUACAAUGUUUUGUGCGACUUUUAUUAGAAGUUAAUGAAAGGAAGUUUUUAAAAGAUGAUUCCGAUUUAUAUAGCUCUCUUUAUUCAUUAAGCGAAACUCAUUCAACAGUGAAAAAUAUUCAAAAAACUCGCGCCCUUAAUAGAUGGCAUCUUUACGUCAUCCUUUUGCAGAAUCCUUCACUUCAGAAAUUUCGAUCGCAUAGAAUUAUUUCAAAAAACGCUUCGACAAUGGAAAGAAAACCAUAUAUUCUUUUUCGCACUGUUACGAAUUUAUUUUCUAGAAGUAAAUAUGUUUUUAAUGAUUCAAAGUAUCUUGAAAUUGAUGAAAAUGCAAAAUCAACGCUGAGAAAGUUAUCAAAUUCGUCUACAGUUCCACUAGACAAUUCUAAUACAAACGGACAAUUUUAAUGCAUCUCUAAUUGCAAAUUUAUAGAUAAAAAGGAAAUUUAUAGAUAAAAAGGACAAACAUUUGUAAAAGCACUGUAUAAAACGUUUUGUGUAACAAAACCUUUUGUUUUACACCCCAAAAUAAAUUACUACAAACUACAA